AUGACGAGCCGACCGCAAAACGUUGGUAUUAAGGCCAUUGAGGUAUACUUCCCGAAGCGCUGCAUCUCGGAAGAUGAGCUGGAAGACUUUGAUGGCGUCUCGAAGGGCAAGUACACGAUCGGUUUUGGCCAGCAGUACAUGGCCUUCACCGAUGACCGUGAGGAUAUCCAGUCCUUCGCCUUGUCGACGGUGUCGAGCCUGCUGAAGAAAUACAACAUCGACCCCAAGUCGAUUGGUCGUUUGGAUGUCGGUACAGAGACGAUCAUCGACAAGUCCAAGUCGGUGAAGACGGUGCUGAUGGAUCUCUUUGAGAAGCACGGCAACACGGACAUUGAGGGCAUUGACUCGAAGAACGCGUGCUACGGUGGUACUGCGGCGCUGUUCAACGCUGUGAACUGGAUCGAGAGCAACAGCUGGGAUGGCCGCGAUGCGAUUGUGUUUGCUGGUGAUAUUGCGAUCUACGCUGAGGGCAGUGCACGCCCCGUCGGUGGUGCUGGCGCUGUGGCCAUGCUGGUGGGUCCGAACGCGCCGAUGGUGCUGGAGCCGAUCCAUGGCUCGCACAUGGCGAACAUGUGGGACUUUUACAAGCCGGACUUGUCGUCCGAGUACCCGCAGGUCGAUGGCCCCGAGACGCUCUACACGUACCUGGGCUCGGUGGACGCUGCCUACGAUGCGUUCCGUUUGAAGUACGGCAAAUUGUCUGCCUCGAAGGGUUUGCCGACGCAUGAGCCGACGUCGUCGGAUGCGCGCUCGUGCUUCUCGCUGGAGGAUGUUGACUUUGCGGUGCUGCACAGCCCCUAUGCGAAGCUCGUACAGAAGGGCUUUGCGCGCCUGCUCUUCAACGAUUUCUUGGCCGAUCCGACCAACGAGAAAUACGCCUCGAUUCCCGCAGAGUACAAGGACGUGGACCGCCGCGAGAGCAUUAUGAACAAGGAUCUCGAGAAGGCGUUCACCGCGCUCGCGAAGCCGAUCAUGGCCAAGAAGCUGGAGCCGGGUAUGAACACGGUGCGUCGCUGCGGUAACAUGUACUCGGGCUCGCUGUACGGUGGCCUCGCCUCGGUGGUGGCGAACACCCAAGACGAGGACUUUAAGGGCAAGCGUGUGCUCAUGUACUCCUUCGGCUCGGGUUCGGCCGCUUCGGUGUUUGUGAUCCGUGUGGACGGCUCGACGGAGGAGAUCCGCACCAAGCUGGACCUCAACAACCGUCUUUCGCAGAUGCAGGUCGUGCCGUGCACGGUGUACGUGGAUGCGCUGCAGACGCGUGAGCACACCCACAAUGCUGUGGACUUUGAGCCGAAGGGCAGCCUGGAAGACUUGUGGCCUGGCACAUACUACCUGAAGAAUGUGGACAGUAAAUACCGCCGCUUCUAUGGCCAGCGCGAUGCCUAA